CAAUGCAGCAGGACGCUCGUUUCAAAGCACACAAGUCUGAUCUCCAAGUGUCGCUCUCCAGGAAAAUGGCCGAGGCCAGUAUUUCAGUAGAUCAGGACCAGUUCAGCUGUCCAGUGUGUCUGGAUCUCCUGAAGGAUCCGGUGGCGAUCCCCUGUGGUCACAGUUUCUGUAAGGUGUGUAUUAAUGGCUUCUGGGAUCAGGAGGAUCAGAAGGGCGUCUACAGCUGUCCUCAGUGCAGAGACACUUUCACUCCAAGGCCUGUUCUACGCAGAAACAACAUGCUGGCUGAAGUGGUGGAGAAACUGAAGAAGACUGAAGUCUCGUCUUGUUUUUGUGAACACGACACCGAAUCAGGCGCCUCAGACAGAAGUGAAAAACAGGUGAGAACUGGAAAUCGUUUCAGAUUGUGUCAGAAUGAAUUCUUAUACAUUUUUUAA